AUGGAAGGUAUACAAUUGCCCGUUGCACCAUCAUUUGUGAGUAAAUUUGAAAGGCAGAAUAACAUUUCAGUAAUGGUGUUAGGAUUUGAAGAGGGUGAAUUUUUCCCCCUCCAUGUAACAGGUCUAAGAGAAGCUCAUCAUGAAGUUGACUUAUUGUAUUUGAAAAGUGGGAAUAAAAGUCACUGGUGUUUGAUUACAGAUCUCAAUAGACUUUUAUAUCGAACAAAAUGCUUGGGACGCAGUCAUAAGUAUUGCAGAUUCUGUUUAUCAGGUUUCACCAGUGAACAUACUUUAGAGAAACAUAUAAAAUACUGCUCAAAAUUUGAAGCUCAACAUGUGACAUAUCCCACCAAGGGGGUAGACGAUAUACUAACAUUUCAAGAUCACGCCAAACAGUUACAAACAUCAUUUGUUAUUUAUGCUGACAUGGAAACAUUUUGCGAACCUAUGGUUACUGAAGAGCCAGAAGAUAAUCGAACCAGCACAACGAAAUUAACAAAGUUGAUACCAUGCGGGUACGGUUAUCAAGUUGUUUGCAUCGAUGACAGAUACACUCAACCACCUAAAAUAUAUAGAGGUGAAAAUGUUAGUGAACACUUCCUUCAUAGUCUUCUUGACGAAAAUAAACGUAUAAAGGCUAUUUUGAACAAUCCUGAACCCUUGUGCAUGACUGUUGAAGAUGAGGAAGAUUUUCAAUCAAGUACACAUUGCCACAUUUGCAUGGAAGAAUUUACAGAUUCCACUAUCCGCGUUCGAGACCAUGCACAUGUUUCAGGUAAAUUUCGUGGCGCUUCAUGCAGAGAUUGCAAUCUUAAUUUUAAAGAACACACAUUCGUGCCAGUUAUAUUUCAUAACCUGAAACAGUUUGAUGCACAUUUAAUCUGUUCCUCGAUAGGUAUUUUCAAGAGUGAAGAAAUUGGCUGCAUAGCCACGAAUGCAGAAAAGUACAUCAGUUUCAACCUAUCCAAUCUGCGCUUUAUCGAUUCAUACCAGUUUUUGAAUUGUUCACUAGAGGAAUUGGUAUCGUCAAUGUCUAAGGAGAAUCCGAAAGAAACAUUUAAACAUUUUACAAAAGAAUUUGAUGAUGAUAAGCGGAUUGCUCUUUUGUUGAAAAAAGGAACAUAUCCUUACGAAUACAUUGACAAUGCAGCAAGGUUCAAUGAAACUGAAUUACCCUCUAUAGACAAAUUCUACAGCAAUUUAUCAGAGAAAACAAUUAGUCAAACCGAGUAUGAACAUGCGCAACGGGUAUGGAAUCAAAUGAAUAUUAAGAAUAUAGGCGAAUAUCACGAUCUUUAUCUAAAAACUGACGUUCUAUUAUUAGCUGAUGUAUUUGAAACUUUCAGGAAGAAGUGGAUAACGAACUAUUCCCUCGACCCUGCAAAUUAUUACACUCUUCCAGGGCUUUCCUGGCAAUCUGCAUUGAAAAUGACUGGUGUGAGACUUGAGCUAUUGACAGAUCCUACAAUGUGGCUCUUCUUUGAGCAGAGUAUACGAGGAGGUUUAACAAUGGUGAGCUGCAGACAUGCAAAAGCAAACAAUCCCUACUUGAGCAAUUAUGAUCCAGCUUUACCAACUUCAUACUUGAUGUAUGUAGAUGCGAACAAUUUAUACGGUUUAAGCAUGAGCAUGCCAUUAGCUGUGGGGAAAUUCCAGUGGUUGUCAGAAGAGGAAAUAAACGAUUUCAAUGUCUUAAAUGUAUCCAAUAACGCUGACAUCGGAUAUGUCAUUGAAUGCGAUUUGGAUUACCCAGAUAACUUACACGAUCUUCACAAUGAUUUUCCUCUUGCAGUUGAAAAAGGAGUGAUAACAAAUGAAAUGCUUUCACCUCAUUCACGUCAUCUGUAUGAGCAAGCAAAUGAUGAUGGGAAAGAAUACCAACCGAGCACCAAAUUGCUAGCUACUUUGAAAGAUAAAAAGCAUUACAUCUUGCACUAUGUGAAUCUAAAGUUAUACCUCAAACUAGGUUUGGUUUUGAAGAAGAUUCACAAUAUAGUUUCAUUUGAACAGCGUCCAUGGUUGAAACAGUAUAUUGACUUCAAUACCGAAAUGAGGAAAAAGGCUACUAGCAAUUUCGAGCAAAAACUUUUUAAAAAUGGCAACAAUGCUAUUUUCGAUUAA